AUGAAGUUACUUUGUCUUCCCUCUGAAUCCGGAGAGCUUCAAAACGUCUCAACUUCGCCGAUCUUUACCGGAGGUGUGGGAAGCACCGUUGAAAACACGGGAAACCAGAAAUCUAACCCACAUGAGGCUUUAAUCCAGUAUGGACUACUGGCUCGUGAUAUCUCGGAAAACGUAGCCCCGGACGGAGACGCUCGAGUCUUCUACAAUGUUACUGCUCCAUCGAGCGUGUUCAUUUGCGGGAGUCAGGGAUCCGGGAAAAGCCAUACUUUGGCGACGCUGCUGGAGAAUUGCCUCGUCAAGUCCGAAGCAAACGUGCUGCCUCGACCACUCUCUGGCUUGGUCUUUCAUUAUGACACCACCAUUUCGGACUCGGGAGGACACCCUUGUGAAGCAGCCCACCUGCCGAACGUCUUGAUUCGGCCGCUCCACUUUGCCGAAACGGACCUGAACACGAGACGAAUGCUGGACUUGAUGGCAGUUAGCGCCGGUUCGAAUGGCCGAGCGCCAUUGUAUAUUACUGUGGUGACGAAAGUUAUACGAGAGAUGAGGCUCCAGGAGCAACGGGAAGGAAAAGGAUUCAACUACGGCACAUUUAAGAAUGCCCUAAACGCAGAGAAACUAACUGAAGCACAAUUGGUCCCCCUCAGGCAGAGAUUAGAUGCGUUGGAGAGCUUCCUGGCUCAACCGAAAACAAAAAAGAGGAAUCGGGAAGCGCAACCGUCCGAGGAUGAGAAGGCUGCAGAAUGGAGGCCGGUUAGUGGACAGCUAACGGUAGUCGAUUUAUCGUGCCCUUGCGUAACCGCCGAGAUCGCCUGUGCUCUUUUCAACAUCUGCCUCGGUCUAUUUCUGGAACAGGAGACAAGUUUAGGGCGGGUUGUGGCCCUGGACGAAGCGCACAAAUACAUGAACGAUAGUCUGGAAAGCGACGAGUUCACGGAAACGCUCCUGUCUACCAUUCGCCUGCAGCGCCAUCUUGGCGCCCGCGUAGUUAUUUCGACCCAGGAACCGACGAUAUCGCCUCGCCUUUUGGAUUUAUGUAGCAUCACCAUUGUCCAUAAGUUUACAUCUCCCAAUUGGUUCCAUGCUCUCCGAGGGCACCUUGCUGGUGCGUUCAACAACGAAGUCGACGGCCAGGACCAGAAGCAGACCUCGGUGGGUCCCAAGGCCACUCUACAUAGGUAUCGGUCUAUCUCACCAUCUGAGCUGUUCCCAACAGUGGUGAAUUUGAGGACGGGCGAAGCCCUCCUCUUCUCUCCAGGCGCCGUCGUGGCUACAGCUGGGAAUGGUACCAGCUGGCAGGCCGUAUACCUAGGCACCGGUAUAAUGAAAGUGCGGGUUCGGCAUCGUGUUACUGCUGAUGGGGGGAGAAGCGUCAUGGCCGGAUGA